AUGGAAGAAGGCACGAAGACGAAGAAGACGGUGUUUGUGGGUGGGAUAAGCGACGAUACGGAUGAGACGGCGCUAUAUGAGAGUUUCUCGACUUUCGGUGAUAUCCUCGAAGUCCAGAUCCCUCCGCCUGCGAAUCAACACCAGAACCCAGCUCCAGAUGCCCCCAAACACCGCGGGUUCGCCUUCGUCACCUACACAUCCACCGCCGACGCACAAGACGCGAUCGACAACAUGGACAUGAACGAGCUCAAAGGCCGCGUGCUCAAAGUCAACCUCGCGCGCCCGAUGAAGACAGCCGCUGCGAACCUGAACGGCAAUCGCGCUAUUUGGGAGUCGGAGGAGUGGUUGAAGGAACACAUCAAGCCAUUAGCCCAAUCUGGCGGUGUCCAAGGUCGUCACGCCCAGCCAAUACCAGAGGAAUCAGAAGAAAAAGCAAAAAGCGACGAUGGAGAUGCUAUGGAAGAGUAA